GGCAGCGGUGCGCGCCGCUGCCACGUCGGACGGAGCGGCCGCGCUCGGGGCGCAGGAUGGCGGCGCGGUGAGAGCGGCGAGGCGGCGGCGAUGGCGGCGGGGCUGCUGCUGCUCGGCUCCGCCCUGCUGUGCGCGGCGCUGGGCAGCGCGGGCGCGGCGCUGAUCCCCCCCGCGCCCGACGUGAAGGUGGAGGUGCUGCACAAGCCUUUCCUCUGCCACCGGCGUACCAAGUGGGGGGACUUGAUGCUGGUUCACUACGAGGGCUUCUUGGAGAGGGACGGAUCCAUGUUUCACUCGACUCACAAGCACAACAAUGGUCAACCUAUGUGGUUUACACUUGGCAUCAGGGAAGCUCUCAAAGGCUGGGACAGAGGGCUGAAGGACAUGUGUGUGGGAGAGAAACGGAAGCUGACCAUUCCACCAGCCCUUGCUUAUGGAAAAGAAGGGAAAGGAAAAAUUCCACCUGAGAGCACCUUGAUUUUCAACAUUGACCUUCUAGAAAUUAGAAAUGGACCAAGGUCUCAUGAGUCAUUCCAAGAGAUGGAUCUUAAUGAUGAUUGGAAACUAUCCAAGCAAGAGGUGAAAAUUUACUUGAAGAAAGAAUUUGAAAAGCAUGGAGCAGUCGUAAAUGACACCCAGCAUGAUGCUUUGGUGGAAGACAUAUUUGAUAAAGAGGAUGAAGACAGUGAUGGGUUUAUAUCUGCAAGGGAAUUCACGUACAAGCAUGAUGAGCUGUAGAAAGAAAAGAGUGGCAUAACUUUUUUGGACACAAAUAGCAGUGACUUAGACUGUCUGGUUCUCCUGUCAUCUUAAUUCUGUGCUUUGGAAUUGACAAUUGCUCUUGGCAAAGAAACACUUUGUUUAUAUAAAAGAGAAUUUCUGUUCGUUAUGUACAAAUGUUUUAAACUGUUUUAAAGUGUGAAAAUGUUCCUCCUCUUACACAGCAAAGACUUGCACAUCAGUGUUUUUAAAGUUUUGUAUUAAAUUAUUUUUCAGAAAUGAAACAAACUUUCCAUUUAUCAUUCAUUAUGAAAAUCAAAAUCCAGUUCAGUGACUUUCUGUGAUGUGUGUGCCAACAUCACUUUCAGCACCUACCUUACAUAUUACUUGUAGUCUGUGGCUUAAUUACUUGACCUUCCUUCUUGAGUGUCACUGCUUAAAAAGCAGUUUGCUGACCUUGGGUUUUUUCCCUGCAGAUUUUCAAAAGAUGUAGUAGAAGGCAUCAGCAUCUCUGUAUGGCUGAGAAACUGAUACAAAGCUGAAUGAGAAGAAUGAUUAUCAUGUGCUGAUUUUGCCCUUCUGAAGGGAGAGUGUUACCACCCAUGCCAAUAAUUGUCUGCAUUUUUCAUUAAAUUUUCUGAAGAAAGCAGGAGUUAAAUGUCAGACUUUCACUUCUACUGCCAGCAACAUUCUAGGAAACAUCUGUAAUUUGAAAAGCAGCAAGUUGCAGUGCAGAGGUGCUGUCCUUUAAAUGUACAGACACGUUUUGAAACUCAGACUUGGCAUUCAUCAGAAAAGCUCAUACCUUUCUCUCACAGUUUGAGGGGGAUCUUGAGCAGAAUGUUACAAGUCUGAAGUUUUUCCUCUUUGCAGAAGAGAGAGAGUGUACUGACAGGAAGGUCAGUAUGGUCUGAAGAACAGUUUCUAUGGACUUGUCUGCAGCUGUGUAAGCAGCAGAACUUGUUUCAUUGCCCCUUUGCAGCAUUUUUCACAAGUAAUUUGAAUUUUCAAUUAAAAAGUGAAUUUUUAGAAAAAAAGAGGUGUUAAGGUAAGUGUUAUGGUGCUGUAUCUUUACAGAGAUUGAGAUCAUUAGGAUUUCAAACACAAAAUUGGAGUUGAAAGAUCUUUCUGGAGAACAGAUAUUUUACAAUUGUCCAUGGUUUCUUAAAUGAGAGGGCAAGGAAUCUCAGGGACAGAAUUUAUCCUGACAUCACUAACCUAUGGAUCUAUGAACACAGCAUUGCACUUGGAAAUCAUUGCCCAAAGCUAUGUAAGGAUGCAAAACAUCCAGGUGUAUGAAAGUGAGAUUGCUGCAUUGCACUAACCCUUAACUACUGCAGACUGCAUUCCAGGCUCUCAGUGCUGUAGGUGUGUUAGAUGUUUCCCUGCCAUCUAGUGUUGCAACUGAGGAUUAGAGAGAACUGCUUCAUUGACUGAGCUCAGCUGCAGAGGGGUGUGCAGAGAGCCCUGUCAAUAGUGACGAGGGUAUGCAGUGCUGGGAUGCUCUGUUUCGGUUUUCUUCCAGCAUCUGACAUUUUGUGGGUGAUGUUCUAAGAGAUAGGAAUUGCAACCAUGUAUUUUGUUUUCAGUAACCUUAGGUCUCUUUCCUUAGUGAUGCCAUCUGCUUUUCUUGACCCCAAUAAAGCUUUUACUUCUAAUGCUGUGAGUUUCAGUAAAAUAGCGUAGGAAAAUGUUUCCCUUCUGUUUUAGGCUCAUUUCCUGCCCUUAUUCUUUUAUUGUGAAGAAAUCAUGAAUAGUCACUACCUAUUUAGCUGUUCUUACUGCUCAUGGUUCUGCCUAUCAAUAUUUUUUUCUCAUCACUUAAAAAAAUCAAGCUUGCCUGACCGGUUUGCCCAAGGCAGGUUGCAUGUUCUGUGCUGGCUGUGUUGAUUUCCCCUGCAGUCACUGGAGCACUGGGCACGGGGUGCAGCUCACUGCACGUGUAUUUAUCUUGUGUUGAGAUAGCUGCCUUCCCAAAUAGAGUCUUUGUUGACUGUGUAGGGAGCUUAGACAAUUAUAGCCUAGGCCAAAGGAGGAUAACAGGAUAUGAAGUUGGCCUUUAAGACAGUCUUGCCUAGAUGUGGGGAGGUACCCAACCAACUGAAGGGGAAAGUGUGUGUGUGCUGCUGGGAAGAGCAGAACUGAGGCUCUCAUUGGGUCUGAGAGGGUUUUAGAUCAUUGUUUGCAGUGUUUACAAUGUUCUCAAAACAUCUGGCUGGGGAAUGAAAGCAUAAAAGAAUGGAAUAAAAUUUGCCCAUGUUACUGACCUAAUAUAUUAAAAGUGUGACCGUGUUCGUAGGGGUCCCAGGAUGAGGGAAGAGACAAGAAUGUUGACUCCAUGUUUCAGAAGGCUUGAUUUAUUAUUUUAUUAUAUAUAUUGUAUUAAAACCAUACUAAAAGGAUAGAAGAAAGGAUUUCAUCAGAAAGCUAGCUAAGAAUAGAAAAGGAAUGAUAACAAAGGCUUGUGACUGACCGAGACAGUCUGGACAGCUGACUGUGAUUGGCCAUUAAUUAGAAACAACCAUGAGACCAAUCACAGAUCCACCUGUUGCAUUCCACAGCAGCAGAUAAUCAUUGUUUACAUUUUGUUCCUGAGGCCACUCAGCUUCCCAGGAGAAAAAAUUCUAAGGAAAAGAUUUUUCAGAAAAUAUCAUGGCUACAGUUAAGAUUAAGUAAUGGGGUGCCAGUAUGUGACUCCAGUAAGGGCCAGUGUUUCUUUUGUAUUAAAUAGGAGUUUAUAGUCAGUGACUGCUGUGAAAUGUACAUAGAUAUAAUCUUCUUCUUGGAUUUUUAAAGCAUUUCAUAAAAAUAACUUUCAGUGAACAUACAGUUAUUUAUUAAUGCCAGCAGAGUGUUAAAGCUGCAAGACCAAGAUGCCUUAUUUGGUGUUGUGUAUAGGUUUAUGCCAAAUGAAAGUAUGUUUUUUCUUAACAAUUUUUUUGAGAGCUGUGUUAAAUUCUGAAAUUGAACUGAAAAUGUUGUGUUUUUUUUUUUUUUAAGUGCAGAUUCAGCAGCAGAUUUGAGAAGUCACUUCAACUUGAUUAUCAUUUGCUACCAUUAAAAGUCCUCCUGUGAAGAUGAAAGGCUUUCUUAGGUAGAAAUAGCACUGCCUGUUUUAACCUCAAUUGCAUUUGCUUGUUAAUCCACAGAACAAACUGCUGCAGUGCCAGCAGGAGGCAGCCAGCAAUCUGCAGGACACCAGAGGCAGGCAGCUGCCUGUCCCCUGAAGUGGGGAGGAGUAUUGGAACUUCAGUGACAUUCAGGAACAUUUUGGUGGCUUCUGUGUGAAGUGUGAGGUGUAUCUGCCCUGAAGAAACAAACCCUCACUGCGUAUCUGUAAAAUAUGGCACUUGAAAAAGUGGAGAGGGUUCAAAACAGAGCACUUUCCUUCUGCGUCCUAUAGCCUUCUUCAAACAUUUCUUGUUGGUUUGUGGUUAUUUUGGAAAAUAUAUGGUGAUGUUUUUUAGAACUGCAGCCUGUCAUUCACAGUCAGUACCUAACAAUUACAGUGGGAGUUGCUGCCUUCUGUAGGUACAGGAGCAGCCUUCAGAGUGCAUUUUAUUUGAAAAUUCUUGAUAAGCAAUGCAGUGACACAAGAAAGCUUUUGGCAAAGCUUCAGGAGUGGUGCUUUAGUCUGAAAUGUAUUUUAAAGUUUUCUUUUUUUGAGAUAAACUGACAAGGCAAACAGAAUGAAUCACUUUAUUUGAUCUUAAAUCUUUUCAGUAACUUAUGUCAUAGAAUUAUAGAAUCGUUUAUGUUGGAAAAGACCCUUAAGAUCAUCCAAUCCAACUGUUAACCCAGCCAAGUCCACCACUCAAUAAUGUCCAAGUGCCCCAGCUAAAUGUCUUUUAAAUACCUGCAGGUGUUUCAGUGGUUCCUACACCACAUUCCUGGGUGACCUCUCCUAAUGCUUGACAACCCUUUACAUGAAGAAAUUUUUCCUAAAAUCCAAACUAAACCUCCCCUGGUACAACUUGAGGAUGUUUCCUUUUCUCCUGUGCCUUGUUACUUGGGAGAAAAGCCCCAUCCUCACCUCACUACAACCUCUUGUCAGGCAGGUGUAGAGAGUGAAAAGGUUUUCCCCCCUCAGCCUCCUUUUCUCUGGGCUAAACACUCCCAAAUCCCUCAGCCUCUCCUCAUCAGACUGUGCUCCAGACCCUUGAGCAGCUUAAUUCCCUUUUCUGGAUGCACUCCAGCACUUCGGUGUCUUCUGGUGACAGGCUCAAAACUGAGCCCAGGGUUUGAGCUGCAGCCUCACCAGGGCUGGGUGCAGGGGGACAAUCACUGCCCUGCUCCUGCUGGCCACACUGCUGCUGAUACAGGCCAGGAUGCCAGUGGCCUUUUUGGCCACCUGGGCACCCACUGGCUCAUGUUCAGCUGCUGUAAACCAGCAUCCCCAGGUCCUUUUCUACUGGGCAGCUUUCCAGGCACUCUGCCCCAGCCUGUAGCACUGCCUGGGGAUGAUGUGACCCAGCACUUGGGGGUUGAACCUCAUUCAGCUGGACCCAGCCCAUUGAUCCAGCCUGUCCAGAUGUCCCUCUGUAGAGCAUGUCCUUGUGCUGCCAGGAACAUCCCAAGCAUAGAAUGUGUUUUGGUAUUAUGGUGAGUAUGAUAUGUUAGAGAGUCAUAAAGUGGCAGUGUUAGUAAGUACAUAUUGAGCAAAUUGCUACCAUAAUUUCUUCUUCAUGAUAUCUUGAAUGACAGUGAUGCAUAGUUGGUUUCCUGAGUACUUGGGUGUAAAAAAUAGGCUGUAUAGGUCAGCCCUUAAAUUACCUUUGUUGUAGGUGUUCCCCACAUCCCAUCCUUUAUGCUGUUAGAUACAAGGUGUUCUAUCCCUUGAUCCAGACAUCUAGUUUCAGAUGCAGGUGAGCACACCAGGACUGGGAAAGCUCACUGCUUUGGGACAUUCUGAGAAAAGACACAAAGCAGGGAAAAUGCCAGAGAGAGUGGGAUUACAUAGAGGGAUGUGAGAAAUGCAAAAAAGAUUUUCUUUCCUGGAUCGUUUGGCAUCUGGUUAGUUGGAGGAAUGAGCACUGGCAGCCACUGUUGUAGGGACUGCAAGUAAUAAGGCUAGUUCCUGUUUUGACUUUGGUUAGAGCUGCUUUGGACAGUUCCUAUAUGGAAUUUAAGGCAAAAUUUAAAUUCACGCUUCCAAGGUUUGUUAAAGAGUUUUCAGAAUGGUAUGUUGAGUUUACUUCUUGAAAAUACAUUGGCCUCAUUGUAGAGUUUUUGCAAAAACCCCCAAAACACAGCCUAAAAUACACUACCCCAAACCCCUUAAUUUGUCUUCAAUGCUGAAUUGUUUUUGGUAACAGGAAAUAGAUCAAAACUGCUUAUAUUUGUAUAAUCCUGGAUAAUUUUAGCUUCUCUUGAAAGUUAAUCAUAAUGCUUACAUUCUGUGUCCUAGUUUUCUCCUGGUUCAUAGGAAAAACAAC